AAUAAAUAUAAAACUCUGCACACCCCAAACGCCCCUCUCAUUUUUGUUUCUUUCUAUCUCUCUCUCUCUCUCCUCUGUUCCUUUCUAAUGGCGGAUUCUUCUGGCACCGUGGACACGUCGGCACCUUCCACCUUCUCUUUCUCAACCACCUCCUCUUUCACCGACCUUCUCUCUUCCGAUGGAUACCCGACCGCCGCCGCCGCCUCCAGCCGAGGACUUGCUGAUCGGAUAGCCGAGAGGAUCGGGUCUGGUGUGCCGAAGUUUAAGUCUCUUCCGCCGCCGUCUCUUCCGCUCUCGCCUCCGGCCUUCUCUCCCUCCUCGUACUUCGCUUUUCCUCCUGGUUUGAGCCCCAGCGUGCUCUUAGACUCCCCUGUUCUCCUCUCUGACUCCAACAUUUUGCCAUCUCCAACAACUGGGACUUUUCCAGCUCAAGAUUUCAACUGGAAGAGCCUUUCUAGGACAACCGCACAGGAAGGUGCUAAUAAGCAAGAAGGAAAUGGAUAUUCAGAUUUCUCUUUCCAGACCAACCCGGUUUAUAUGAAUCAACAGAGGGCGAAUUAUCAAGAACAAAAAACCAAAGAUCUGAACUCAUCAGAUAAGGCUUUGGUUGAAUUCAAUCCUAUCCUGAACAUCCCUCCUUUGAACUCUCAAAGUAGCGGUGGAAAUUAUUCAGAGUUUAGUCAAUCUUCCCAGCCAUCACAAUCUGUAAGGGAGCAGAAGAAAUCCUCUGAUGACGGAUACAAUUGGAGGAAAUAUGGGCAGAAACAGGUGAAAGGGAGUGAGAAUCCACGUAGUUAUUACAAGUGUACAUACCCGAAUUGCACGACGAAGAAGAAGGUUGAGAGGUGUGUGGAUGGACAAAUUACUGAGAUUGUCUACAAAGGCACUCACAACCAUCCUAAGCCUCAGUCUACUUCUAGGAGAUCGUCAUCCUCAACGGCAUCCUCGUCUUCAGCCUUGGCAGUUCAACCCUAUGCAGCACCACCACUUACCAAUGAUGUUUCGGAACAAUCAUAUUGGUCCAAUAGCCAGAUUGAUUCGGUUGCCACGCCUGAUAACUCUUCUAUCUCUUUUGGGGACGAUGAAUAUGAACAGAGCUCUAAGAAGAUGGAUUCAGGGCGUGAUGAGUAUGAUGAAGAUGAACCAGAUGCAAAAAGAUGGAAAGUUGAAGUCGAAAGUGAGGGAGUUUCCGCACCGGUGAGUAGGACUGUGAGAGAACCUAGAGUUGUCGUUCAAACAACAAGUGAUAUUGAUAUUCUUGAUGAUGGUUAUAGAUGGAGGAAGUAUGGUCAGAAAGUAGUGAAAGGAAAUCCCAAUCCAAGGAGCUAUUACAAAUGCACGAGCACAGGCUGUGCUGUGAGGAAACACGUGGAAAGGGCAUCACAGGAUAUACGUUCAGUGAUAACAACCUACGAAGGGAAACACAACCACGACGUUCCAGCCGCCCGAGGGAGUGCGGUCCACUCCAUCAACCGUGGCGGAAGCAAUGGCAACAACAAUGCAGCCAUCACCAUAAGGCCCUCCGCAAAACCUCAUCAAUCUAACUAUACAGUUCAAAACCAGGCAGAAAGUCAUCAAGCACCCAUGAGCUUUCCAUCGGGAAUGCUUCAGGGCAGGGGUGAUUUCGGGUUUUUGGGAUUCGGAAAUCCGGUGAAUAACUACGGAAAUCAAAUUCCUGAGAACAUGUUCAUCUCUAGAACCAAGGAGGAGCCCAGAGAUGAUAUGUUCGUGGAGACGUUACUGGCUUGAAUCAAAUCUGCUUUCUUGUUCUUUGGGGUUGAUUCAUUUGUUUAUUCUCUUCUGUUAUGAUUUUUGUAUGUAAAAAAAUAGGAAAAGCUAUACUUCCCAGAUCAUAACUUAUAAAUUAGUUUUUCUUUAUAGUGCAAGAAAAUAUGGGUAUAGAAAGUUGCUGAAACUCAACUCCGG